AUGGAUAAAACUGAAAUAAAAGCCUGACACUCUCUACAUAAAAGCGAAGAAAUGUCUCAAAGAGCUACCGCUCAGACUUUGGAAACUGAAAGAUUCAAAAAAAAAUUUAAUUUGCUAAAAUUAUUGAAGCCAAAGCGUGAGUGACUGAAUGGAAACUUGCUGAUACGCACUCAAAAAAUCUUUUUCAGGUGUAUAUAUGUGAUAAGUUUGUACAAGGAAAUCAUAAAAGGAAAUGAGCAUAUAAGAUUUGAAGCUUACCCAUUAAAAAAGCUUCAGCACCCUGAAUCCCUCACAAUGAGCAUUCCAGAAAUUUGUGAAAUCCUUGAUUUUUGAGAAAAUUCUGAAGUAUAUACACACAUUCAUAAACUAAUUAAGCAUUUAGAUAUUCAAGAUGAAAAAAUCAUAAUAUCUAAAAAGUCUGUUUCGAAGCAAAUUUCAAAACUUUUAGUGUACAAUACUGUUGGAAAAUUAAAUACAAAAUUUAAUUUUGACAUCUUCUACUAUGAGGUUGAAGGCGAAAAUAUGAAGGAAAGCAUUUUAAUUGAAGUGGAAUCCAUAGAAGCAAUUCCUAUUCAUAGUUACUUAUGCUUAUCUAAAGGAGAGCUUGCUAAUAUUCUUAGAAUUAAGGUUGAAGUGAUCCCUGAAAAUUACGAUAAAAUUUCUGAUUACAUUUAUUUAUCAAAUUCAAAUGAGCUUUGUAUUAAUCAAUAUAAGCACAUUCAAACCCUAACUGAAAAUAAUAUUAGUGAGUCUCCAGAGUCACAUAAUGAAAAUAAUGACUCAGAAAAUGCUCCGUUGAGACCAAAAUCGCCGAUAAAAAUUAAGCUAAAUCCAAACCAUUAUAAAAUUCACGCAAUAAUUUUAUCUGAUAGAAAAUACUCAAAAAUAGAAAAAAAGGCAGCUGAAACUAUUCAGAAGUUUUAUAAGCGGAAAAUGGCUAUAGAAUUAAAGAAACUGUUGGUUCUAAAAAGGUAUAGAGAAUCUCGCUAUAAACUUUUAUGCAGAUCUAUAAGGUAUAUAGGAAAAACUCCUUAUAUGAUUUCUGUAUAUUCUAGUAAAAAAGGGAUUUUAGUAAAAAUCCAAGAUAUGAACACUCGGGAAUUAUAUGAAAAAUUAAUAGACCCAUCGUUCUAUAUUUUUGGAUACUCCCAGUUGCAAGACCCAAGACUUAUAGUAGACGCUUUAGAAGUAAUUAAUGGCAAGCCAGCAUUUUUACGAAAUUAUUCUGGAACUGCCAAUAUAGAUGUCCAAAUAAAAGAUUAUUCUUUUUUUGAGCAUGGACGAGAAGAAGGCCUCUCUUAUAAAGCCGCAACUUUAAUCAUCCAGCGGUUCGUCAGAGUUGUCAUCGCAAAACGGCUUUUAAUUAGAAAACGAAAGGAAUCGCAGAGAAAGCUUGUCAUCCAUAGAGCUAAAAUAAUUGGAGAUGAGGAGUACAUGGUGAGUAUUUUCGAAGCCCCAAAUGAUUAUACCAUAGAAGUUUAUUCAGUCCAUAAGCCAAAAACUGGGGAAUGAAAAUACGCAAAAACAUUCCCUAUAUCGAAACUCAAAAAAAUGCAUAAAAAAAUAGACGGUGAAGUGCUGUUUAGAGAAGUUCAGAUUAUAGACAAUGAGCUAGUUUUGGUAAGGUCUAAAAGGAGAUAUUCAGGGGAUUCUUUGUCUUCUUUUGUGAGCAUUACUGAUGAAAAUCUAAUAUUAAGCAGAAGAAGAGUACUGAAUUUUAAAAAAUGUGUCGUCAAAAUUGGGCUUGAUACCAUUUUUAGCAUUACAAAAGGCCAGGAAACAGAAAUUCUCAUUUUUGAUGUAACGCCUGUGGUCACAACUUUUUCAAGAAAACAGCUUUCAGUUGAUCUAAAAAUGGUAUGUAGCAGCACAGGCAUCCAGAAAGAAUGAAUUGUUCCUUUGUCCAUAUAUUUACUAGAUAACUGUCUGCAAGUCGGCGAAUUUAGCAUAAAUUUAAACUUGGAUGUCCCAAAAUUAAAUUUGAAUGAAAAAGUCAAUAAAAUACAAAAAUUCUUCAGAGGUUGAAGAGUUAGAAAAAGCAUCGGAAAAAUACAUAAGCAUUCAGAGCAUGGACUUAUUGCAAUGAAAAUGAAAGAAAUUAAUGGGAAAAAGUAUAUAAUUUAUGCAUAUGCUCAAAGUGGAAGGAUAAAAAUUGAAGCUGAGCAUGGGAGGGAAAUUAUUGCAAUGUAUCUUGGCAGUGAUAUUUUGAAAGUGAUUGGAGAUACCACGAGGAAAAAAUUUUUGGAAGAAAAAAUUCUUCCGAAUUUAGGUAUUCAUGAUCAAGGGAUUAUAAGAAAACUAUAUUAUGAAAAAAGAUAUACCCCACAACCAAAUAUUCGGCCUAGUACAAAAAGAUUAUUACCAAAUAUUAAUCUAAGCCUUAGCGAUACGAGAUCUCCAGCGACAUUAUUAAAUGCCUCAAAUACCCAGUCGAAAAAUUUACUAACUCCCCUAAUUUUCGGGUAAAAACCACACAACCUCCGCGUGUGACGAAAAAUUUUUAAUAGAAAGAUUUUUUAUGAGAAAAUAUUUUGAUUAUAAGAGAUAAUUAUUAUAAUGAAAUCACUAGCUAAUUUCAUUGAAUUUUAAACAGAUAAAUUUUACAAAUUAAUUAUUUUUGCUUUCCAAAUUGGAAGGAAUGUUUUUAAAUUUUGAAAAUAAAAAUUUAAUAUGCAAAUGAUAUAAAUUUUUAAAAACAAAAUUCAUCUUAUUCAGUUAGCAAAAAUAAUUUAUUUUGUUCGGUAAGGGAGGAUGGAGGUAGUAAGGCUGAUUUCUUUGAAUGAAACAAGAAAUGAACUUUCUAAGUUGGAGAAGCCAAGUGAUGCAUUAAAAAGGAAAAAGUAUCACAAACAUCAUGUGCAUAAGUCUGAAAAAGAAAAAAAAUUAAAAGAAGAAAGCAAUAUCACUUCUUUUAAAUCUUUAAAUGUUUCACCAAAAAGCUUUACAAGCCAGAAAAUUUUGAAUGGCUUUUUUAGUUCUAAGCCUAAAAAACUUCUACUAAAAACAAUUACAUCUAUUCAAGAUAAGCAAUAUGUGGUCUCUUUGCUUAAAAAUAGCAAAGGAAUUCUAGUUGAAGCAGUUGAUUCCAAAAAUAAAAUACAUUGAAAAAUAUAAAAUUUGAUAUAAAGAUUUUAUGAAUUCGCUAUACUAGUAAUAAAUAAUGGCAUUGCACCCAAAAAUUAGGCUAAAAAUUAGCAUAUUUGAGUAUACUUAAUCCCUCUCCGUGAGCUAACAAAAAUAUUUUGUUCGCUCAAGGGGUUCAUUUUUUUUAAAAUUUAAAAAAAAAAUCCAAUUCGAAAUAAUUGGAAUGUAUAUAUUGAUAUAAAUCUGCAAAAUUUUGUUUUAAAAUUAAUCAGAAUUAACCAGAGAUUCCAUUAUAAUAAUUGUCACUUAUAUAUCAAAAUAUUUUUUAUAAAAAUUUAUAUAUUAAAAAAUUGUUUGUUCACUGAAGGAAAUUACUCUUUUUCCGAUGGCUUUGCUCACUCAAGGAGGACGGGGAAUUAGUUUGCAAUUAGAGACUUCAAUAAACUUGGACACCUCAGAAGAAGUCUUGAAAAAAAUUUAUAAAGACAUUUUGGCAAGAUUAUAUAUUGGCAGAAAAAAUGGAGCAGAAAUUCUCGCUUUAGGUGAAGGCAGUACUGCAAAUAAAAUAAAUCAUUCAAUUUCAAAUAAAAAUUUUUGGAGCUCUAAAGUAAAGCAUGACAGGUCUGCAACAGCCCAAACAAAUAUCACUAUCAAUUAA